ACUUCUUACUUGAGAUCCCCUUAGCCUCGUUCUGCUGGGCACUGGAAUUAUAGGCAGGGCAACCACAGCCAGUUUAUCGUCUAUUUUCUGACAGCGGUCGUCCUAAAGGGUCUUACCGCGGUUUGAUUCCAUUUCUCCUAAUUAGUAGGGAUCUUGGCCGUCAUUUCACAUGCUUGCUGGGCAUUCGCUAUGAUUUUGAAACAAGUUCUCCUAGUGUUGAACUGUCUAUGUAGAUGAGAAUGACCUUGCCAAGUAUUGGGACUACAAAUCCCAGGUGAGACCAGUUUAUGUGAUCCUGGGAAUCGAACCAAUGGCUUUGUGCAUUCUAGGCAAGCACUUCACUAACGGAGCUUCAUCCCAGGCUUAGUAAACUCUUUUAAAAGGUAUUUAGAUUCACAAUGCCUAUUGGAGAGACUAGAGGGCCAAGUGAAUCUCCACGACUCAGCUCUGGCCUUGUCUCCAACGCUACCUGGAGUCAUCUGCAGCAAGAGGCAGACGACAUUCUCACCGCUGCACCGCUGGGUACUCUCGGCCUGCAGAUUCUGGAUGACCCCGCUCGCCCCACCUCUCUAGCAGAAGCCACGCCCCUGAGCGCGUGAACACGCCCUUUACUUGCGUGCCUCUGCCCCUCCCGGCUGCACGCAGCCGCGUUCUUGUCACGUGGCGCCGUUAGGUCAUCUGCGGAUGGACUGCUGAGGGUUCCCGGAAAGGUGUUGCCUAGCGGGGAUCAGAUUCCCGACAGAGCUCAGCGCGGGUCUUUCCGGUCACGUGCUGCACGGAGCGGCGGCUUGACUCGUUAUUGCUAGGCAACGGCUUGCACGCUUUGUCCGGUGCUUCAUCCUAGCUGUCUAGGAGGAUCUGGGCGCCGCAGGCGGACAUGGACCAGUACUGCAUCCUCGGUCGCAUCGGGGAGGGCGCCCAUGGCAUCGUCUUCAAAGCCAAGCACGUAGAGACUGGAGAGAUCGUUGCCCUCAAGAAGGUGGCCCUGCGGCGGCUGGAGGAUGGCAUUCCUAACCAGGCCCUAAGGGAAAUCAAGGCUCUGCAGGAGAUCGAGGACAGUCAGUAUGUGGUACAGCUGAAAGCCGUGUUCCCACAUGGUGCAGGAUUUGUGCUGGCCUUCGAGUUUAUGCUGUCAGACCUGGCAGAGGUGGUGCGCCAUGCCCAGAGGCCCCUGGCCCCAGCACAGGUCAAGAGCUACCUGCAGAUGCUGCUCAAAGGUGUUGCAUUUUGCCACGCCAACAACAUUGUGCAUCGGGACCUAAAGCCUGCCAACCUGCUCAUCAGUGCCUCAGGCGAGCUCAAGAUCGCGGACUUUGGCCUGGCCCGCGUCUUCUCUCCAGAUGGUGGUCGCCUCUACACACAUCAAGUGGCCACCAGGUGGUACCGAGCUCCUGAGCUCCUGUAUGGUGCCCGGCAGUAUGACCAGGGCGUCGACCUAUGGGCUGUGGGCUGCAUUAUGGGAGAACUGUUGAAUGGGUCCCCCCUGUUCCCGGGAGAGAAUGACAUCGAGCAACUUUGCUGUGUGCUUCGCAUCCUGGGCACGCCCAGCCCUCGAGUCUGGCCGCUUUCCUUGACUGCAGAAGGGCCAGGUCUUGUCUGGGUGACAUCUCAGCAAUUGGGGCAAGGAGCGCGUGUGUGGGUGAUGAGGGACCGUGAUCUGAGUGAGAACGUGAAAGGGAGCCUGCAUCGGAGUGGUGAGGUGGGGCCUGCUCUCAUUGCCUCUUCCUCUGCUGAGCUCAGGAGAUCACAGAGCUGCCCGACUACAACAAGAUCUCCUUCAAGGAGCAGGCACCGGUGCCCCUCGAGGAGGUGCUGCCUGAUGCCUCUCCCCAGGCCUUGGACCUGCUGGGCCAGUUCCUCCUCUACCCUCCACACCAGCGUAUUGCAGCCUCCCAGGCCCUUCUGCAUCAGUACUUCUUCACAGCUCCUCUGCCUGCUCAUCCCUCUGAGCUGCCAAUUCCUCAGCGCCCAGGAGGACCUGCACCGAAGGCUCACCCAGGCCCCCCUCAUGUCCAUGACUUCCAUGUGGACCGUCCUCUUGAGGAGUCACUGCUGAACCCAGAGCUGAUUCGGCCCUUCAUCCCAGAGGGGUGAGAUGCUCGCCUAGUCCUGCCUGCUUGCCCCAGGAGCAUCUAGACAGCCGUUCCUCUGCCUCUUCCAGAUUUGCCUUCAUAGCCUCCCCAUGGAUACAUCACACCUCACCCUACUCCUUAGCCUGCUUGAGGACUGGGCUUCGGGGGGCAGAACCAUGAAGAUGUCCAGCCCAGCAGAGAAUGAGACUCACAUAGCCUCUGGAAACUGCUAGCUGUGUCCUUUCCCAGAGCCACCACUCCGUGAUGUCCCCUACCUUGGAUCCUGUUCAAGUCCAUUGCUAUUACAGCAGCACCUGGGAAGGCAGGCUUGCUUUGGUUUGGUUUCCAGAGCACUCUGGACCGGGAUUUGAGAUUCAUAUAAAAGCUCCGAGUGUUUCUGCCUGUUUCUGUUAGGGAAAUUGACAAGGUGGCCCCUUAAUUUAUAGGGCUCAGUCACCCAGAAAGUGUUUCCAGUUAGGGCGGCUUUGGUCCUGAGGCUUCCUGUGCCAUUCAUGUGAUUUAAGUGCUUAUUUGGGAGUGAGGGUCCAGAAGUUGAGGCCAGGGAUGAACAGUUUCCACAUGCCGGGCAGUUAGUUUUUCUGUAAGCCGGAGGCUGCCGCGCACAUUUGACGCAGGCAUUCCUGGAAUUCAUUUAGUAAAUAAAUUCCAGUGUAACUCA